UCAUGGAAAAUAAAUUAAACUAAAUCAGUAUUAGUUGUUAAAAGUCAAAUGGUUUUUCUUACACAUAAAUAUGUACCUUAAUAAACAUUUUAUUUACACAAUUAUUUUAAUUAUUACUCUCUAUCUGAGAGUGGAAUGUUCCCUGAUCGACAUCGAUCGUAGUGAACUGCUAGAUUCUUAUAAAAUGUCUAAAAAAAAUGUGUUAUCCACUUUGAAACAUCGACGUUUCAUAUCAUACUUCGCAGUAGGAAUAGGACGAGUCCUCUCAGGGUUUCAUUACAAAGCAACACCGCGAAAAGUAAUUUUAUGCGAAGAUUAUGAAUGCUACAGAGGUUACUGUGUAUCACGCUGUGGAUUUAUAUACGGCAGAGCAAAAUGGUGUUACAUGACUCAAGAUGACCCAAAACCAAAUCGUAUAAUAAACAAUUAUGUGCCUUGUGUGUCUUCCAAAGAAUGCACUGGAUGUUGGGAAUGUGCCGGUUCUUGUACUGACGGUUGGGAUUUACCAGAACGUUACUACUAAUUGAAAAAAAAAAAAGUUUUCAGAAAAAAUAUAUAAAAAACAGCGAAAUAUUCAUAAUUUAGUAAUAUAUUCACUUGAU